UGAUUUUUUUAGUAGUGCUGCUCGUACUAUUUUAUAUGACGAAACUGAUUUAUAUAUAUUCCAAUGUAACAGAUGUGUACUGUAGGCUUCGCCUAUGAAUAUCCUACUUCAAAUGAGUACAAGUUGGUGGUGGUUGAAAAUUUCUGUGGUGAAGAUCCCUAUAUAUUCCACAUUUUUUCAUCGGACGUAGGGAUAUGGCAAGAAUUCCAAUGGACAACGAGCUUCGGGGACUAUGUAAAUUUCCAGAGUAGAUCUUUUUACUUGAAUCAUACUUUGUAUUGGCUAAUGAAGGAUGGUAGGGUUCUCGCUUUUGAUACAAACCAGAAAUAUGCAAGAAUCCUUAAGAGUUCGCUUGAGGUCAUUAAGCAGCACGUCGACCUUCCAGGUGAUAAAAUUUUUCAUCAUGAUUCAUGGUUUGGGGUGGUUCAAGGAAAACUUCACCUAGUCUGGGCCUUGAAGAACUACGUUGUAGUUGUUACAUAUGAUGAUGAAAUCAACAGCUGGGAAGUUGUACACAUUAAUAACAACUUUCUCACUGGUUUAACUUCGGAUUGUUACAGGUAUGGUCGUCCUCUAUGGAUCAACAACAACAAAUGGACAUUAUUGUUCCUCCUAGUACAUCCAUUUUCAAAAGAUGGAACUAUAUACGAAUAUGAUUUUGAGACGAGACAGAAUAGAAAGAUAAUAGAUGUGCCAGUAAUGAAAAAUCCGAGAUCUCAAAUCUUUGUUCCCCUCGUUCCAACGCUAGCCAAGGUCAAAAAGACGCAUUUGGAUUCACUUAGUAAUAUAACGGAAAUUACCAAAGCUUUAGAUAAGCUGAAACAACUUUUUAAUUUAGAUAAUUAGCUCUAGUUAUGAUUUCCAUAUUAUUAGUUAAGUACAUUUGUUUUCUUUACUCCUGCAGUGUUGCGAUAUGUAGGUCCAAUUUGAUUCUUUUACUUAUUAUGUUGCUUUCUGAACCAUUUCUCGUAUG